AUAAUUUUAUCAUAUUGUCAUUUAUAAAAUACAUAGUGGAUUUGUAAAUGUUAUAAAUUGUUAUAAAUUUUGAGUUAUACAGCUGUUAUUGAAUAUAAUAUAAGCACAAUUUUUCAUCAAAGUACUUUCAAAAUGCCAAGUUUAGAUAUAGCGGAUUUGUUAAUUUUUUGCGCUGAUGACAUAUCAAGAAGACAAGCCGAUUUAAUAAGAACAGAAGAAUCUCUUUUAAGCAUAUUGGAAAAAAGAGAUUUAAUUGAUAAAAAUGAAUUAGAAAAGAUGCGACCAUUGACAACAUUAAAAGUGAAACAAGCUAUCGAUAGAUAUAAACCGCCUACAGAAAAUCUGGUAAACGUUUAUGCUAUACAACGUGAAAAAGAUGAGGAAGCACGGAAAUUAUAUUUAGCAAGAACUCAAACUAAAAGUACUGAGAUAAGCUUCUAUCAAACAGGUUCAAACGUAACGUCACAAUCAAUUCAACCACAAAAAUCUCAAAACGUAAAUGUGAAAAUAAUACCUACGCUCUUUGAAGAACGAAAGGCUUGGAUAUAUAAAGAAAUAUCCCUAGAAAUCGGUAAAAUGUGGAGAUGUUUCGGUCGUGGUAUUAAUAUUCGAGAAGGUGAAAUGGACAAUUUGGAGAUCGAAUGUAAAAGUAUCGGAGAAAGAGUAUACAAAAUGUUACAUAUGUUAGAGAAAAAUGAGUUCAAUAACAUGGAAAGAGUUUACUAUAAAAUUAUUAAAAGUUUAGAGGAAAACUGUAAUCGAAGAAAAUUAAGCGAUAAAAUAAAGAAAUCUAUGAUUAGAUAACAUUAAUUAAACAGAAAAAUUUAUACACGUAUUAAACAAAACAUUAAGGCUUUGAAAAUCUAUUAAAACCCACACGUGCAUAAGGAUUUGGGGAAUGAUUUUAACAUAAUAAAAUGAAAUAGAUACAUACAUAGGUGCAUAAUAAUAUUAUAAAUACUAUUUACGUAUUCUUCAUUUGUCUAAUUUUAAUCGAAAUUACAUGGAGUUUUCAAAAAUCCAUUUUUCAAUUAAAAUUGUAGAGCUAAGUA